CAUGUUGUGUUUGGCAAUGGAGGGUGUGAGAGGUAUUGGAGUUAAAAGCCGCAUUUUUGUGCAAUUGAUGUUAUUAUUUUCUUCUGUAGUUAACGGUUCUACUUAUAAAGAUGGAGAUAAGGUUAUUUUGUAUGUAAACAAAGUGGGGCCUUACUUCAACAACCAUGAAACCUACCAUUAUUACCAACUACCCGUUUGUCGGCCAGAUAAGAUUCAACACAAGAGCUUAACUUUGGGAGAAGUUCUGGAUGGUGACAGAAUGGCAUUUUCAAAUUAUGAUAUAAAAUUUAAAGCCUUGUUACUUAUAGAUGAUUUAGCACUUCGUGGAUUUAUUGGACACUUGGAAGAAGGAGGGUUUUUACCACAUACACACAAGUUGUACCUGUGGACUCAUCUAACUUUCAACAUAGAAUACAAUGAAAACAAGAUUAUUGGAGCUAAUGUUUCCACGAAGGAUCAUUCUCCUCUCUCCUUAGACAAUUUGGAGGCUCCAGUAGAUGUAACACACACUUAUUCAGUGAAUUGGAUCCCAUCAAAAUUGACUUAUGCAGAAAAGAUCAAGGAAGCACAUAUUAAUGACUUUUUCCCCAAAACAUUAGAGAUUCAUUGGCUUUCUAUUAUGAAUUCAGCAGUGCUGGUGGUUUUGUUGAUUGGAUUUGUCACUGUGAUUUUAGUAAGUAUGUUUGCCUUGUCACUU